AUGAUUAGCGAUAAUAAAGAACCCACAAUCUAUCGUCGCAAGAAGACCAAGAACACCAAGAAAAAUAGGCGCGUCAAGUUUUUAUGUCCUAAUCCGAAUUGCCGGAGCGCUUUUGGGUUGAAAUACAGCUUGCGGCACCAUCUUCGCCACGAAUGCGGCCAGAAGCCCAGGUUCAAGUGUCCCUACUGCCACUACAUAUGCAAGCGCAAGACCGACAUAAAAAGGCACAUUCAAGCCAAGCAUAAGAACCACUAUGUCUAUGUCAUCGAUAUUGUUCGGAAUGUUGUUUAUAACAAAGAACCCACAAUCUAUCAUCGCAAGAGGACCAAGAACACCAAGAAAAAGAGGUGCGUCAAGUUUUCGUGUCCUAAUCCGAAUUGCCAGAGCGCUUUUGGGUUGAAAUUCAGCUUGCGGCACCAUCUUCGCUACGAAUGCGGCCAGAAGCCCAGGUUCAAGUGUCCCUACUGCCACUACAUAUGCAAGCGCAAGGCCGACAUAAGAAAGCACAUUGGGCGCAAGCAUAAGAACCGUUAUGUCUAUGUCAUCGACAUUAUUCGGAAUGUUGUUUGUUAG